AUGAAGAAGAGAUGGCGGGAGCUGAAGGCGCUGCAGGCGCAGCAGGUGGCGCAGGCGGAGGACGCGGGGGGGGAGGGGCUGGAGAAGGAUCAGUGGAGGGUGAUGCGAGGGGCGGGCAAGAGGCGGAGAGGGGAAGGGGAUGAAGGGAAUGGUAGGGGAUUGAGUGUGAGCAGGGGAGUGGAGAGGAGCAGGGGAGCGGAGAGAGGAAGGGGACGGAGGGGGGUGAGGAUUCAAGAGGAGGAAUGGGAGUGGAGCGAGGAAGGGGACGAGGCGGAUUGGAGUAGUGGGGAAUACGUUAGCGGGUCUUCUGAUACUGAUGAUAAUGAUAGUGAGGAGGAAGAGCAGGAAGAGGAGGAAGAGGAGGAAGAGGAGGAGGAGGAGGAAGAGGAGGAGGAAGAGGAGGAUGACAAGGAAGAUGAUAACGUUGAAGUGAUGAGGACGGUUGAAUCAGAUGAGGGAGACGAAACGGAGGAAGAAGAGGAAGAGGAGGAAGAGGAAGAAGAGGAGGAAGACAGCGAGGAGGACGAUGUUUGGGAGGUCAGGAGAAGGAGUGAUGCAUAUGAGGAGCGCAAUGAGGAGGGGAGUGAGGAAGAGGAGGAAGAGGAGGAGGAGGAAGAGGAGGAGGAGGAAGAGGAGGAGGAGGAAGAGGAGGAGGAGGAAGAGGAGGAGGAGGAAGAGGAGGAGGAAGAGGAGGAGGAGGAAGAGGAAGACGAGGAAGAGGAACGGGAGGAGGAAGAGGAGGAGGAUGAUCACCUUGCUUCACCAUCCGUAACCCCCACUGCCAUCCUUGCUCCAAGGACUCCCAGCAUCACUCCCCAUAUUCCCACUCACGUUUCCGGGAGUGCUGGCAGAAAGCGGCCCCGUGCACAAGGUUCUGAAGCAGCACAUGAUCAAACAGAGUCGCGAGGGAAUGAUACUGGUGGAGCUCGGAAAAAAGGGUUCACACGGGAAGAAACGUUUGAAAUGAGGAGAGCUGCUGCUAACGGGCUGGUGGAUGUGAUGGCUUCUGGGAUGGCUGCCGUUAGCCACCUGGAAGAGUUUGUUAAGGUUUCUGCAGUUCAUGUGACUGGAGUGGUGUCAGAGGAAGAAUUGGAGCAACGGCUGAAGGGUGAAGUGGAGAGAAUUGUGGAGAAGCAGAGGCGGAGCAGGCAGAAAUUGGUUAAGGAUCUGGAAGGCGCAUACGCAGAGUGUGCUGAGAUUACCAAGGAGGCACGAAAGAAGUUCCCUGCCUCCUCGUCCCCUGAGACUCCGCGGCCUGUCUUAGUGUCAAUAAUAACCGCUGAAUCUCCGCCGCUUGUGCGGCAGCGCGCAAGGAGCCGCUCUCCUAUGGUAGAGUCGUUAGCCUCCCCGCUGAUUGGCCCAUGCUAUAGCGACGCAGUUUCCAGCAAGGGAAAGGCGUCGCGGUGCCGCGCGCAACCAGCAAUGGGGUCGCAAGUAUCGGGGGAAAAGGAGCGCCUCACGCAGGGAGCUCCGCUUUCGCACGAGGACGCGGCGCACGAGCAGUUCGAGAAGAGCCACGGGCCGCACGGCCAGAAGCUGACGCUGCUGCCGCUCAUUGCGCUCAUCUUCUUCGAGGUGUCAGGCGGGCCGUACGGCGUGGAGGACGCCGUGAAGUACGGCGGGCCGCUGCUCGCCAUCCUUGGCUUCACCGUCUUCCCCCUCAUCUGGAGUUUGCCAGAGGCCCUGACGACAGCGGAGCUAGGAACAGCGUUCCCGGAGAACGGGGGCUACGUGGUGUGGGUGUCAGCGGCGUUUGGGCCCUUCUGGGGCUUCCAGGAGGGGUGGUGGAAGUGGCUGAGUGGCGUGAUAGACAACUCGCUCUACCCGCUGCUCUUCCUCGACUACUUGAAGCGCGAACUCCCCGUGUUUGACGGCGGCUUGCCUCGCAUGGCUGCGCUGCUCGCCAUGACUCUGUUGCUGACAUACGUCAACUACCGCGGGCUCACGAUAGUGGGCGUCACUGCCAUCGCGCUGGCAGUGUUCGGGCUGCUGCCCUUUGUGGUGAUGGCGCUGCUCGCCAUCCCCAAGAUCCAACCCGCCCGCUGGCUGGUCGUGGAUCUAAACCGCGUGCACUGGCGAGGAUACUUUAAUACGCUCUUCUGGAACCUCAACUACUGGGACUCCGUCAGCACGCUAGCAGGAGAGAUAGAGGAGCCAAAGCGCACCUUCCCACGGGCGCUCAUGGGGGCGGUGGUGCUGGUGGUGGUGUCAUACUUGGUGCCACUGCUGGCAGGCACGGGCACCAUGCCCUUCUCUCCAGAUGGCUGGGACGAUGGGUACCUGGCCGUGGUGGGUCGCGCCAUUGGGGGCGGCUGGCUCGCCUGGUGGAUCGCAUGUGCCGCUGCUCUUUCCAACAUGGGCGCAUUCGAGGCUGAGAUGAGCAGCGACGCGUUUCAGCUGCUGGGGAUGGCAGAGAGGGGCAUGCUGCCCGAGGUCUUCACAUACCGCUCACGGCACGGCACGCCUGUGCUGGGCAUCAUAUGCAGCGCCACGGGCAUCCUGCUGCUGUCGUGGAUGAGCUUCCAGGAGAUCGUGGAGUUCCUCAACUUCCUCUACUGCUUCGGCAUGCUGCUCGAGUUCGCAGCCUUCGUGGUGCUCCGCGUCACCCAGCCCGACCUGCCCCGGCCGUACAAGAUCCCUGUGGACACCAUGGGAGCAGCUCUUUUGUGCCUGCCGCCCUCGCUGUUGCUGGUCCUUGUCAUGGCCCUUGCCUCCUGGCAGACUGUCAUUGUCAGCUCAAUAGCGGCCUUGAUGGGUCUGCUGAUGUACCCGCUGCUCAUGUGGGCCAAGCACCACGGCGUGCUCAAGUUCACACAGGACCCGGGCCUGCCAGACGUGGCUCUCAUGGAUGACGAGGACGAGGGCAGUGAGGGCGAGAAGGGGUAUGAUGGGGUGGCAAGCAAGGGAGCGAGUGGGAAGGAGGGCGGUGGGGAUGGUGCGCGGGAUGGGGGUGAUGGUGAUGGUGUGGGUGACAGUGAGAAUGGGUUGCUGCUGGGGAAGGGGCAGAGGGAGAAGGGUGGCAGCAAGGUGGUGCCAGUUGAGCAUCUGGGGGAGUCUGAGGGGUUGGUGCGAGCAGGUGCAGGUGAUGUGGUGCUCUCUGCAUGCGAGGGACAGUCGCCUCCUGUCAUGGUGGGCUCGUUGCCCAAUGAUGGGCUGUUUGCGCAUGGAGCACUGUUGGAUGGGAUCUUCCACUAUUACGCAAACGACAUGUCGCGGCAGGUGGAGGCGCAUCACUACUGCUCGCACGUGUCAGAGGACGUCCAUCAGUGCCUCGUCUACGAUUCAGACCGACCCUCAGCGCGCCUCAUCGGCGUCGAAUUCAUCGUCUCCGAAAAGAUCUUCCUCUCGCUGCCCGAGGAGGAGCAGCGCAUGUGGCACUCGCACGAGUAUGAGGUGAAGAACGGGCUGCUGAUCAUGCCGGGCAUGCCGGCAGUGGCAGAGCUGCCUGUGAUGAGCAAGCUGGUGAAGACGUUCGGCAAGACGUGGCACUUCUGGCAGUUUGAUAGGGGUGAUGCGCUGCCGCUGGGGGUGCCGCAGCUCAUGGGGGCCUUCUUUGCCGAUGGGCAGCUCAAACCAGACCUGCCUAAAGCGGUGGAGCAGCGGUACGGGGUGCAGCUGGAGGAGAGGCGGCAGAUGCGAGCAGACCUAACAGGCCCUGAGCUCGCUGUGGACCGCUUAGCGGAGCAGUUUAAAAGGGGGAUGGGAUAUGAGACGGUGUUAAAGGAGUGUCAGCUGCAAGGGCAGGAGCGGACAGGCAAGGUCGGUGUGGGUGCCGCUGGUGUGACUGGUGGUUUGGGUGGUGGUGUGGGCAGUGGUGACAGGGAGCAUGUGGGGCAUGCAGGAACAGACACCAGAGGCAGCGACCGUGAAGCCAGGAUUGGUGGUUGA